GUGGGCUGCGAUUGGACGUGAAGCCAGGUGCCGUAGUGCAUGGUGUACGUCGCCCUGUCAGCGUCAUAUGUAUAAAUACACGUCUGCCUGUCACAGGGUACUGAAUAGGAUACAAACAACACUGGAAUAAUACUACUUCUCCGCUGGAGUUGACUUCAUACAGGAUGCCCGGUUCAGCCCCGAUUAGUUGCUUGGGACCAUGGCCCAAAGAUGUGGGUAUCAUUGCCAUGGAACUGUACUUCCCAUCCCAGUAUGUGGACCAGACUGAGCUGGAGCAGUAUGACGGUGUUGCAGCUGGCAAAUACACCGUGGGCCUCGGCCAAGCUCGCAUGGGCUUCUGCUCUGACCGCGAGGACAUCAACUCCCUGUGUCUGACUGUGGUCCAGAGGCUGAUGGAGAAGAACGGCUUGUCCUACGACAGCAUUGGUCGACUGGAGGUCGGCACAGAGACCCUUAUAGACAAAUCCAAGUCUGUGAAAACGGUCAUCAUGCAGCUGUUUGAGGACUCUGGCAAUACAGAUGUGGAGGGCAUUGACACCACAAACGCCUGCUACGGUGGCACAGCUGCACUCUUCAAUGCUGUCAACUGGGUUGAGUCCAGCUCAUGGGACGGCCGCUAUGCUUUGGUGGUGGCAGGUGACAUCGCCGUCUAUGCCUCAGGAAGUGCCCGACCUACGGGGGGUGCUGGGGCGGUGGCCAUGUUGGUCGGGCCUAAUGCUCCUCUGGCCUUUGAAAGAGGUCUGCGGGGAACACACAUGCAGCAUGCAUAUGACUUCUACAAGCCAGACAUGGUGUCAGAAUACCCUGUGGUGGACGGCAAACUGUCAAUUGAGUGCUACCUGAGUGCCUUGGACCGCUGUUAUUCCGUGUAUCGCAACAAGAUCCAUGCACAGUGGCAAAGAGAGGGUUCAGAGAAGCAUUUCAGCCUGGAGGACUUUGGCUUUUUAGUCUUCCACUCUCCCUACUGCAAGUUGGUACAGAAGUCGUUGGCUAGACUGAUGCUGAAUGACUUCCUGGUAGAUCCCAGCCCCAACACUGAGACGGGACCGUACACUGGCCUGGACGCCUUCAGAGAUGUUCGGCCAGAGGAGACCUACUUUGACCGGGAUGUGGAGAAGGCCUUCAUGAAGGCCAGUGCAGAUCUGUUUGAGAGGAAGACCAAGCUCUCUCUGCUGGUCUCCAACCUGAACGGAAACAUGUACACCCCGUCUGUCUAUGGCUGCCUGGCAUCACUCAUUGCACAGAAAACAUCAUCACAGAUAGCCGGACAGAGGAUUGGAGUUUUCUCCUAUGGUUCAGGGUUUGCUGCUACUCUGUAUUCCCUGCGAGUCACACAGGACCACACCCCCGGCUCUAGUCUGGACAAACUCGUGUCCAGCCUGAGUGACCUGAAGGCCAGACUGGACUCCAGGAACAAGGUUUCUCCUGCUGUCUUCUCUGAGAACAUGAAGCUGAGGGAGGAGACACACCAUUUAGCCAGCUAUGUCCCCCGAGGCUCAGUGGAGGAACUGUUUCCAGGCACAUGGUACUUGACACGAGUGGACGACAAACACCGCAGGGAAUACGCCCGCAGGCCCCUGCACGACGACCUCUCAGCAGAGCCAGAAGUUGUGCGCUCGAGCACUGCCACUGAGCAUAUCCCCAGUCCUGCCAAGAAGAUGCCUCGCAUCCCUGCAGCCGCAGCUGGCCCAGAGACCACUGUCAGCAACUGAGAGCACUGCUCUACUUCUGACAGUUAUCAAGGUCCAACAGUCUGGAAACUGUAACAACUAUAAUACGACUCUAGAGGUGAUGGCUAGCAAGAGAGGGCGGGGGUUGCCUUCAGAAUUAUUCAGUUAAUUAAUUAGUUUGGAGAAGUGUGUUAUUGAAGUGUCCAGGAGAGGACUGUGGACAGCUGGGGACACUCCUGUGUCACCCACUUGUCGUCAACAUGCAAUACAAUGGGACAGUAAAUUCCACAUCUGACCAGAGCCUAUUUUCACCUCAAUAGUUAGUUUUAGCAGUCCCUUAUUUCAUAGUUUACAUUUUUAUAUAUUUUACCUUUGCACUUGUGCAAAAAAGACAGGAUUUGGGAGGAGCAGAGGCACACGCUAGAAUUGAGUAUUGCAGAUAUUAAGUUUGCAGCUUCCAGCCAGUGACACUAAGCUGGACAUAAGUUCAUGUGGCUGUAGGCCUCCUGCUGAAAAGGACAAAGAGGAGUGGGCCUCCACUGUGUUUAUGAAUCAAAAUGGUUCUGCUGCCACAGCAUGUGAUGGAGCCUUAUGGUUUGUGUUCAUUACCUCAGUUUUCUAUGAAAAGACAGUUUUCUUUCCAGACCCGACAGGUUCGUCACGUAACCUCAUGACCAUACAUCAGGAACAGUGGGACUUGAGACACAAAAUACUGCUCUACCGUGAAGGCUGCAGAAUCCUCUCAGUCUGCAGACUGCUGUAGUCAUGCCAUGUCUAAACCUGUUGUGAUCUGACACAGUGAGUUCUUCAUCACGUCUACUUAAGACAUCAGUUAUGAUGGAAAACAACAUGAGGAGAUGAACUGAAACAAAUAUUUUAGUUUUUCAUUUAUUUUUGUCAGUGAAACAAUUAGUUGACUAUUUGAUAAGUUUAUUAUCAGGAAAUGUUGGGUAAUGGUCGUAUCAUUUAAAUAAUCGGUCAAAAAUACCAAAUUCUCUCUGUCUCAAUACCUGCUGAAAAUUGGGAACUGAAGACAAAACAAGCUAUUUGAAGACAUCCUUCUAGACUUGACGUUUUUGCAGACUAGAUGAUCAAUCUGACGUCCUGUUUUUUUUCCCAGACCACUUGGUAAGACUACAAGUGUUUUCCCUAAUUGCAUACACAUAUAUACAUAUCAAGACCAUUUGACAAAUCGGAGAAAACAAGUAAUGCUGAAGUUUGGUGAAAAACGUUGCUGUGACAACAUUAUUUAUGGUGUUUGCAAGCUGCUCUUAUUGUAAUGUUGCUCAGCGGACACAGUGGCUGACAUCAGGAUGUUUAGCCAUUUCCAUCAGUGAAGAAAACGAAGCAAUUCUGUUGAGAAUGAACACAUGGGACUUAAUAUCAUAGUGAUGACUGACAAAUCUACCCUACACAAGUUUAUGCUGCAAAGUUUCACCCUUGUCCUUCAUGCAUUCAUGUAUGUACGUAUGUAUGUAUGUACGUAUGUACGUACGUACAUAUGUAUGUAUGUAUGUACGUGCGUAAGUAUGUAUGUAUGUACGUACGUAUGUACGUAUGUUUGUAUGUGCGUAUGUACGUAUGUAUGUAUGUACGUACGUACGUAUGUACAUGGAAGGACAAAGCAUUUCAGCAUCCUCACUCAUCCUACAAAUAUAAUCCAGCUUUUCUCCAGUUCUUACUCUGGUUUUACAGACACUAGAGUGCAGAGGAAGUGAUGGACAGUCGAAGGACCAGGGGUUUGUGCAAACAGACAAUAAUAUAUCGUUUAAUGGUAUAUACUGUAUGACCCUUAUGUAAGAGUUGUAGUGAUUGUUACAGUUAGUACGACCGUUGCCUCUCCUCAUUAUGCCAAACUGUAACACAAUAUAAACUAGUGUCAGGGCUGCUGUACAUGGGGACUGCAGUAUUCCAGUGGUGUUGUCUUAGUUUCAGUGUACUACAUUCAUUCAUAUUUGAGCCUUAACAUGAAGGGCUUUAUUUAGUGAAACUAUAGGACAUUAAAUUGAUAUUUAAAUGCUACAAUCCACAUUUUUCUCAUUGCUCAUUGUCCCAAUGUGGUUUCUUUUUUCUGUUUAGUAUUUGACAUUUCUUUGACUUGACAACAGCUGCAUCUAGCAGUGACAAAAAAACAAAAUGACUAAUGUUGAGCUCAGGCAGAAAAAAAAUAUCAGCCUUAAAAAUGACAGUCUUGUUGUGUUUAUGUUCCUGUUGAUUGUUUGACUGGCUCAUAGACUUGAACACAUGGAUCAGUCAGAACAGUUGUAGUAAAGGGGACUUAAUUCUUGAGAAGCCUUACAACAAGCAUGUAUAAACUGUAGACAAAGCUUUUCAUCCAAUAAUGUACAGAUUCUUUUUAAUUGUACAGCUCAUACCAGCUUCAAACCGUGCCGCUGUGAGUGGGUAUGACUGCAACAUUAAUUGUGUGGUCCAUGUUUGUACAGCCUGUCUCAGAGAUCACAUGGUCUUUUGCAGUGUUGAUGGCAAUGUACAGUACAAACUGUAAGAUUAUUUAUUCUAUAUAGAUAUGAAUGUACUGAGGUCUCAUCAGAUGAAUUUUAUCUUAACAAUUUGUAUAAACACAUAGAUUCUGAAUAAAUGGACAUUGAACAUG